CAUCUGGCGGAAGUCUAAAACCGGAAGUGGUAGGAGAGUGGGAGGUGUCAGCGUCCACAGAAGCUCUCAGCAGAGCCAUUACUUCACAUUGAACAGAGAAAGACCCUGGAAGACAUUUAGUGGUCAUGGAGACAGACCUGAGAGUUGCAGUAGAUGUUCAGCCAUGAGGACACCAUAGGAAAUAUGGAGUGUUUGUUACCUGAUGCCUUCUAGCAGAUUUCCAAAAAGCCUCUAGAGAUCCUGGCUGAAUGCUGACUGAGGAGAGUUAGGCCGCAGUGAUGCUCUCCACCGAGACUGCUCGAGAGCUCCAGUCUAAAGAGCGCAAGCACAAGAGCACUCUGGGUAAACAGCUGGCCAGUGCACUGUCUUCAGACCUGAACAGGCUGCUGCAGGAGGAGCAGGAGACAGACGUGAGUGUGUGUGUGAGCUCAGGUUUCCGGCUCAGGGCCCAUAAGGCUGUGCUGCUGGCUCGAGCUCCUCACCUCCUCCAGGGAGUCGCACCAAAUGCUUCCAUCAUCAACCUGCAGGGAACAGAACCUAGUGCACUCAAAGAGCUCAUUCGGAAAGUCUACACUGACAAGAAGUGCCUGGGAAAGGGGACUGCCGCCUCUGCUGGACUGCAUGGACAUUCACUGCUAACAAACGGCGCUGUGGUGGAGGAAUGUGGAGAGUUUCACACUAGCAAAGAUCCAGACUCUGUGCAUUUAGAGCCAGCCUCUGGACUAGGAGCUGAUCUUUUGGCCCUGUAUGAACGAGGUGAAUCCUGUGAUAUCAGCAUUCAGGUGGGGGAAAGAGUCUUCUCAGCUCACAGGGCAAUUCUUUGCGCUCGCUCUCAGUAUUUCCGUGCAAUGUUGUGUGGCAGCUGGAUGGAAAGCUCACGCCAGUGUAUCACACUACAGGGUUUGGGCCCUGAUGAGAUGGAGGUUCUUCUGCACUUUAUGUAUGGAGCCAUAUUAGACCUUCCACCAGGGAGCAAUGUGAGUCAGGUCGUCUUGGCAGCAGAUAUGCUGGGUUUGGAGGGACUGAAGGACGUGGCUGAAAUGGUUCUAAUCAGAGAUUAUUGCAGGUUCUUUCCCAAGCCUGUUGAGGGAGUGCAGAGGGGUAUACUUGAGUGCCUUGCCAUCAGCCAUUCCAUUGGCCUCCACAAUCUCUACAGCUCAUGUGUCAGAUGGGUAGCUGAGCAUUUUGUGAAGUGCUGGUCAGAAAGGAGCUUCUCCAUCCUUCCUCCUGAGCUGCAGAGAGACUGCCUUGAUACAGUCACUAAAAACAUGACUGUGCAGUCUUCAGUGUCUGUACUGUGUGGUACUGAGCAGCUGAUUGAGUCUUUGCCCGAGGUGAAGUGGGCGAAGCAGGUGGCGUGUUUGGCGACUGAGCUCCAGGAGCAUUGUUUACACACGAUCGUCACUCAUCUACCCCGAGUAAUACACACGCCAGCCUUCCACAGCCUCCGCAGGAGGGAGGAGUUUACACAUGACCCCGCAUUAUUGAGGAAGGUGUGUGUAGCUGUGCUGGAAGGCUUGACUGUGGAGAACUGCUGUGAACUCUUCAGCGCAGUGGACCAACUGAGCGGACAGUCAGACACAGACAUACUGACAACAGACUCGGCUUAUCAGGGGCAAGAGAACAUGGAGCCCUUCAGACGCGAGGUCUGUUUGCUUCGUGCACGGCUCUGGACCUUUCUGCUUCAGUCAUUUUUUGCAGUGAGACACACGAGAGGAUGGGAAACACUGCAUCCCAGGCACCGGGAACAGAUACUUGCAGCUACUCUUGAUACUGGUGACUGCAGAAAACUGAGUAAAAAGCCUGUCCUCACCAGCUCUCAGCAAAAGCUUGGAAAAUGUCCUUCUGGCUCAUCCUCUCCUUGUGAGAGUCCUACGACCUCUCGGCCUCUGAAGGACCUCAGGGGCCCACGUCCCUCUGCUGAAAACACUGUAGCAGCCACGAGUGCCAUGAAGUCUGAUAGUCUCGGUUCGACACCAGCCACAAAAACCAAGCCUGGCACCACUGACUCAAGCCGGGCCAAGACCAGCAGUCCAGCUAAAAAGAAACCACCUUCCACCACUAAAGCGGUGAUGAACGGCAGUGGUAGCCCCAUGGUUCGACGGGAAAACUCUACUGCUAAUGGCACAUCAGGCAAAUCAUCCCAGGAGAAAAGUGUGGCACCGCGUGCCAGACCCAAAUCGGCCCAUAUUGGGGUGACCGGGGCAGCAAGUAAAGCUAAAGUGAGCAAAACCACAGCAUCAGGGAAAGACUCAACUCACGGCUCCACCUCCGACAGCCCUGGGAAUGCUCAGUGUUCCCAAACCACACCCUCUACAUCAGGCAGCGUUUCACCAGAGAGCAGCGUUAGCAGUCCCCGCAACAACAGCAGCCAAGCUCUCAGGCAAAAACCCCAAGCCAUGGCUACCACAAGGUCUCCUCUGACCAAGCCUCUCCAGAAACCAGAGAAGGAAAAGGCUAGUAGCCCAAUUAAUAAAGCAAACAAGGUCAAGAGCACAGUGAGCAGCAAAGCAGGCAUUAGUGUGGGGACUGCAGCUCGUACAGAGCCAAAGAGCAAGAGCACCACUUCAGGCUCUUUAGAGAACAACGCUUCUCCACGACCUGGUUCAGUCAUGACCAACAGAAAGCCCUCCUCUCCCAGGAAAGAGGACAUCAAAGAUGGUUCCAAGCUUUCAACCACAAGAAAACCAACAAAAUCAAGUACAGAUUUAAAACCUAACCCCAAAUCAGUCAAACCCACAGUAUCCUCAUCUAAACCGUCUCCGGCUACUACAAAUAAAAACAGAACCAAUAAGAAAAUUACAGAAACUCCAGCACCAAAAUCUCCCAAGUCCGUGACACAAUCCAAACAGUCGUCACCUGCUGCCUCCAAAAAACCAUCUGCUGCAGAGAAGCAAUCAGCAUCUACCCCAAAACACUCAGUGGCCCCCCAGCAAACAAAUGUUACUCCAAAGGAAGUGAAGGCUCAGGCAGGAAGACAGGAGGUGAAAUCAGCUCAAGACCAGAAAGCUCCUGUGUCAGCACCAGGAAAUUGUGAUGUCGGCACGGGUAUACCUGAGCAGCGUUGCACUGUUCAGGUUUCUGUACCUCAAGCUGCUUUGGUAGCCUCUUUUGUUGCUAAUAAAAACAUCACUCCACCCAGUAAAACCAGCAGCUUGGACAAAAAACACACAACAGAGCAGAAACCACUGCAAAGCCACGUGACUUCAGAUAGUCUAAAGAAUAAUGAUGUUGGGAGUAAAGUUCCUCCAGGCCAUACCAUUGUUCCUCAUAUAAGCACUGGAGCACCACAUGGAGUCACCACCCAGAAUCAGUCUAGAGAGUCUGACUUUCCCCCUGAUACACCAUGCAGCCUGGGAAGCACAGACACCCCCCUGGAGGACUCAUGGAGUGGCAUCCACCCUCAAGUCAGCCCUGAAUCGGAGACGGCCAGCGCCACUACAUCCUCUGACGACAUCAAGCCACGCUCUGAAGAUUAUGAUGCUGGUGGCUCGCAGGAUGAUGACUGCUGCUCACAUGAGCGUGGUGCUACUAAAUGUGGGACGAUGCGAUGCCCUGACUUCUUGGGUCGCAGCAGCAGUGACACCAGCACUCCAGAAGAACUGAAGAUUUAUGAAGGUGGGGCCGGGCUGCGAGUCGAGGUGAGGCUCAGGGGCCGUGAAACAGAGACUACGAGCGAGGAAGAUGCAGAGCAUCGGAGGCCACCAUCCUGGAUAAGACGUGAUGAGGUGCCUGUUAAGGAGGAGCUGUGCAAAAAGAAUGAUGCCUUAACAAAUGUAAAGUGUGUGCCAGAACACCAGCUCUUCUCUUCUGAAGAUGAAGAAGAGGAGGAGGAGGAGGAAGAUGAUUCUGAAGAAGAACGAUCGGAAGUGGAAGUUUUGCCUGGUGGCAUUGCACCUCCUCAUGCAGAUCCUUCACCGCAGUACCAAGGCAUUGUCAACCCAGCGUUUGAAGAUGCAGCAGACCAAGAAAACGAGCAUGAGUACCAGCCUUCUUCUGGUUUCCACCGCUCUGUCCUGCUCUCGGUGGAUGAAUGUGAGGAGCUGGGAUCUGAAGAAGUAGGAAAUGGUGACGUCUUUGAGAGUGAUGGAGCUCAAAACACCCAAGCCAAAUCCUCUUCCCAAAAACCCAUUAACACAACAAAGGACAAACUUCAGAAUCCGGACCCUAAAUUGCUGGUGUCCCAUACAGAGGUCCGUGAAUCUCCGGUCCGGAGCGUAUGCAUGCUUAAUCAGUCAGGCUCUUCCCAGCUAGACACAGACUUAAAAGAAGUCCCUCCUCAGGAACGACCCAGUCACCUGGAUCUGCAGCUGGUUGAGCAGUAUGGCAGCUCGCAGUCUAAGCCUGCAGAGAGCAAGAGAGCAGAAUUAAAGCUAGACAUGCCUGAGGCUCAGGUGAUAUCAAGCUCUCCUGCACACCCUGCCCAGUCCCCAGCAGGGGACUUUGAUGGUUGUGAAAGAUUGGAUCAAAGCUGCACACAUGAACGGCGCCCAUCUAAAGUCCUGUCCCCCAUUUUCGAGAUGGACGUGGGAGAGGCAUUGGAGCCAAGCUUGGACACAAACAAGCCCGAGAAAGAACCUCAGGACGAGACUUAUAAGGACGAAGAGGGGACGGUGAAGAAAAUGGAGGACGGCGAUGAGAACACUAAGUUUGCGGAACGUGACUGGAGCUUGCUUCGACAGCUCCUAUCUGAGCAGGAGUCGAGUCUGGGCGUGAUAAACCCAGUCCCCGAAGACCUGAACCUGGCGCAGUAUUUGAUCAAGCAGACUCUGUCUUUGUCUCGAGACUGUGUGAAUGAGCAGGCUUUCGCUCAUCACGAGAAAGAGAUUCAAGGUUUUAAGCGCUGGGCUGAGCUCAUCUCUCCCAUGGAGGACUCGACUACCAGCAUCACUGUGACUAGCUUCUCUCCGGAGGAUGCUGCAUCUCCACAGGGAGAGUGGACCAUUGUGGAGCUAGAAACCCACCACUGACACAAAUGAACGUUCUUUUGUGUAGGCCAUUUUGGAAAACUGCAUUUUCUUCCCUCUACACUGACGUUUCUACUUCUUUUUAAGGGACGGCAAGUAACCUUUUUCAGCUGCACGUUAAAUUAUUUUUGCCCAAGGUUGUCUUCUAAGGUACUUAACAAGGAGUGUAGUGAUUGACUUCAUGUUAAUUUGCAUGUGGACAUUUUUUGUAUGUUAUACUGUUUUACUUAGUAUCGCUUUGAUCUUUGUAGAAAAUUAAAAAUGUACACCAGUUGCACUUUCUGUUUAAACGAUUGUUUAAAAACAAAUGGCUUUGAAAAACAAUUUACUUCAUGUAGUCAUUUUGGUGCUUUACAUCCAUUGUUGUAUGUAAUAAAAAUGUGUGGUAAUCA